AUGGAUGCUGGGGAGCUUACUGGAACUGUUUUUAUAGACUUAGCAAAGGCAUUCGACACCGUAAACCAUGGAAUCCUGUUAUGUAAGCUACAUCUACUUGGUGCUGAUGACCAUGCUUGUGAAUGGUUUAAAUCUUUUCUCUCCGAACGUUCACAGGUAACAGUCUAUAAUAACGCCCAGUCUGAAACUGCAAAGAUAUCAAUAGGAGUUGCCCAAGGGUCCAUCCUUGGGCCAUUAUUGUUUGUGAUAUAUGUUAAUGAUUUGCCGAAUGUCUUGGAAUCCUGUCACGUCACCCUGUUUGCUGACGAUACAGUUUUAUACUGUUCGUCCAAAUGUCCAAAGCUAUUGCAACAAAAACUGAACUCUGAUUUAACAAGAGUCUGCGAUUGGCUGAAAACGAAUCAUCUUACUAUUAAUAUUAAGAAAUCCAAAUUUAUGCUUAUCGGUAGUGGUCCACGCUUAUCAAGAUUGUCCACGUCCUUAGUAACAUCCGUUGGAGAUGCACCCCUGGAAGAAGUGGAGUCAUACAAGUAUCUUGGCGUAAUGAUAAGUAAUAACUUGACAUGGCACGAUCACAUCGAAUUUAUUAAAUCUAAGAUUAAUAAGAAGCUGGGACUACUAAAGCGUAUUAAGAACUAUUUACCGUUACAUAGUAGAAUAUUAUUUUAUAAUUCUUAUAUUUUGCCAUCUUUUGACUAUGCUGACACAGUAUGGGGAAACAGAGGGAAUGAAACCCUUAUGGCAGAUUUACAAAUCUUACAGAAUAAGGUAGCACGUAUAAUUUUGGACCUGGAUUAUGGAUCGUCAGCCAGUUCUGCUUUGAAGAAGUUGGCUUGGAAAGAUCUAAAGACCAGGAGGAUUGUUAACCGUUUGAUAUUGAUUUAUAAAUGUAAGAAUAAUCUUUUCUCUUAUAAUUUUGAAAUCACAUAUCAUCAGGAUAUGCAUGCUUAUAACACUAGGUCUAAGUGUAACAUACGUAAAUCAGCGGCGAGACAUAAAUGGGGACAUUGGACAACGGUCAAUUUUGCCAGCAAUGACUGGAAUGAAUUGCCCCAAGAAAUUCGUGAAGCAAAAGACCUUCAAACUUUUAAAGUCUACUUAAAUAGCUUUAUUGAUACCUAG